AUGAGACCACGUAACCUAGGCUUUUUGGUUUUGGGGUUCACUUACUCGGUACUCCUAAUUAGUCUUGCCACAUUUUACUGGUUGCGCGACAAUGAAUCUUUACUGCACUAUUGGUGUGUAUUAUUGCUAUGCCCUGCAACACUUUGGCUGUGGGCGCUCAUAUCCUGGUGUGAUAGUGAAAUGUUCGCAAGCAGCAAAGAUGAAUAA